UGCGCGUCAUGCGGGGCCGCUGACGUCACGGCAGAGCACGCGGGGCCGCCCUCCGGCCGGCAGGGGGCGCUGCAGGAGAGCGGCGGGCGCCAUGGCGGAGCGGGCCGCGCCGGGCGGUGCGAACCCCGCAGCAGCCGCGCUGGUGCCGGCGGGACAGCAGGCCCCGGAGCUCUCCCGGGAGGAGAAGCUGCAGCUGCGGAAGGAGAAGAAGCAGCAGAAGAAGAAGAAGAGGAGCGAGAAGGGGCCGGCGGCCGAGCCCCCGGAGCCUGGGACGCCCUCGGAGCCCGAGCAGCCCCGGGCUGCUCGCCCCGCGGCCCCCCCAGCCGCCGCCGAUGGCCCCAGCAGCGCAGAGAAGCCCCCGGGGGGCAAGAGCAAAGCCGAGCUGCGAGCAGAGCGCCGCGCCAAGCAGGAGGCCGAGCGGGCCCAGAAGCAGGCCAAGAGAGCGGAGCUGGGUCAGGCAGCCCCGGCGGCCAAGCCCCGGCUGAGCCCCGCCGAGCCGCAGUCUGUGGUGAAGCGGCUGCCGGAGCACGUGCAGGUGGACGACCCCGCUGCCCAGAGGAAACUGGCCAAGAAGCUGGAGCGCCAGCAGGUCCCUCUGAGGCAGGACUAUGGCACCAAGGUCAACCUGUUCUCCCACUUGCACCAGUACAGCCGGAAGAAGCCACUGACGCAGCAGAUGAGCAUCCCCUCCGUGGUCAUUCACCCGGCCGUGGUGCGCCUCGGCCUCCAGUACUCCCAGGGCAUCAUCAACGGCUCCAACGCCCGCUGCAUCGCGCUGCUGGAGGUCUUCAAGCAGCUGAUCCGGGAUUACUCGACGCCCCCCAACGAGGAGCUGUCACGGGACCUGGUGGCCAAGCUGAAGCCACACAUCAGCUUCCUGAACCAGUGCCGGCCCCUUUCAGCCAGCAUGGGCAACGCCAUCAAGUUCCUCAAGAAGGAGAUUUCGUGCCUCCCCGACACGCUGAGAGAGGAGGAGGCGAAGGAGAAGCUGCAGGACACUAUUGACAAAUACCUGCGGGAGAAGAUCCUUUUGGCAGCGGAGGCCAUUUCGAGGUCGGCCUUUGAGAAGAUAAACGACAAUGAUGUGAUCCUGGUGUACGGAUGCUCGUCCCUGGUGAACCGCACGCUGUGCGACGCCCACGCGAAGCAGGGCCGCGCGUUCCGGGUGGUCGUGGUGGACAGCCGGCCGCGGCUGGAGGGCCGGGAGACGCUGCGCCGGCUGGUGCGCAGGGGCAUCCACUGCACCUACGUGAUGAUCAACGCCAUCUCCUACGUGCUGCCCGAGGUGUCCAAAGUGCUGCUGGGAGCCCACGCGCUCCUGGCCAACGGCUCCGUCAUGUCGCGGGUGGGGACGUCCCAGAUAGCGCUGGUCUCCAAGUCCUACAACGUGCCCGUCCUGGUGUGCUGCGAGACCUACAAGUUCUGCGAGCGAGUGCAGACCGACUCUUUUGUCUCUAACGAGCUGGAUGAUCCCGAUGACCUGGUUGUGCUCCGGAAGGGCCAGGCCCAGCUGGGGGGCUGGGCGGAGAACAAGUCCUUGCGCCUCCUCAACCUGGUCUACGACGUGACGCCGCCGGACCUGGUGGAUCUGGUCAUCACGGACUUGGGCAUGAUCCCCUGCACCUCGGUGCCUGUCGUCUUGCGGGUCAAGAACGUGGAUCAGUAGUAGGGGCAGCUGCACAGACUCUAAUAAACCAGGCCUGCAAUGCA